UACCUCUACUCUUCGCCCCGCGCCCUCAGGUGAACCAGACGUUCAUGUGGUACCACGGCUACGGUGACGCCAACGGCUCCAAGUGGGAGCCGCCGCAGCGGCCCACGGGGGCGUACAUCUUCAACCCCGUCGGAGAGGCGCAGCCCGUCGAGGUCAAGUCGGUGCUGACCCUGGACGGACCUCUAGUGAAGGAGUUUCACCACUCGUUCGAGCUCGACUGGGUAUCUCAGGUGACCCGGCUGUACAGGGAUCAGCCGUACGCUGAGGUCGAGUGGCAGGUCGGACCGAUUCCCAUCGAAGACGGUAAGGCUAAGGAGGUGAUCAGCCGGUACCACACGGACAUCAGCUCCGGUGACCUGUUCUACACCGACUCCAACGGACGCCAGAUGAUGGAACGUCGUCGCAACCACCGCAACACCUGGACCCUGAACGUCACCGAACCGGUGGCCGGUAACUACUACCCGGUCAACUCUAGGAUCUUUGUGAAGGACGAGUCCAAUCAGCUGACCGUUCUGACCGACCGGUCUGAGGGAGGAGCCAGUCUCUCCUCUGGACAACUGGAACUGAUGCUGCACCGUCGCACCGUCCAAGACGACCAGUUCGGAGUCGGUGAGCCUCUCAACGAGACGGAGUUCGGAGUUGGUAUGGUGGUCAGAGGCCGGCACUGGCUGGUAGCCAGUGCCGUCGGAGACGCUCCUCGACUUCACCGGGACCUGGCGGAGCAGAUGUUCAUGGGCCCGCAGCUGACGUUCGCCAGCGCCAACGGCAUGACGCUGGACAUGUGGAACAGUGACACGGUGGUCAAACAGUUCACCGGUAUGAAGCCACUGCCCGCCAACGUGCACCUCCUGACACUGGAGAUGUACAAACCAGACCGGCUGCUGCUGCGACUGGAGCACCAGUUCGAAACUGGAGAGGAUGUCGAGCUCAGUCUGCCGGUCGAUGUCAACAUUCAGGACCUGUUCACGACCCUCAACAUCACCUCGGUCGUCGAAUACGGUCUGUCCGCCGACCGACCUCUGAGUGACAUCAACCGCUUCCACUGGGACCACGACAAGUCCAACAGCAUGCCGAAAAACUUCCGCCGCGCGGCUCAGGAGACCUACAGGAACACAGAGGCCGAGGCCGACCCGCUGACGGUCACACUGAACCCCAUGGAGAUCCGUACGUUUGUGGCUACCUACACCAGUCCGUACCCGCUACCGACUCCUCCUGGAGACACCCAGCAGUGACCUACAGGUCACACCGUGCCCCGAGGGUCGUCACGUGACCGACACGAGGUCAGCUCUGCCCCAUCGUGCCGAGUAGACGCUAGAAAGCAGCGCUUGGCGACUGUAGAUCGAGUAUGCUAGAAGUUAUUGAUCGUGCUUCCUGCGUUGUGUAAUGGCGGGUAAAAGCACACAGCUUGCGUGUAAUCCGGCUGAUUUGGUGUACAUAUAUACUAGCACGAGCUCAGUGCCAAAAGUCAAUGUCUGGAGGUCUCGGGGAUUGUCGUGGUUGCGCUGGGCCCUUGGGGACCGAGUCUGCUGUAUUCCCCGUUGCCAUGGUGAUUUGUGCGUGUUCGUGUUUAUUGCUGUGGUCCACCCUGCCCAGCGGAGGCGCGGCAGGGACCUUUGCGUGAUGUCGUGAGACGUUCAAAUACAAACGCCCGCUGGAAGA